AUAAAAGUCACAACUAAUCUAGUAAGAACAAGAUUGCUGUUCUGUUUUUCAAAUGGAGCUGUCAGAGGACUCUAAUUAUCUGACAUCUUCUGUGAAUCACCUCAGCAUUACAUGAAGUGUUAUGUUUUACAGAAUAACUCAGUGAGGCAGAAGACGCUACCAGCUGUAGGCCCCCGAGAGCUGGGAUUUUAACUAAGCAAAGAAAAUCUCCAACAGGGUGACCUUGAAUGUUUCUUGUUUUUCUUCAAUUGGAGAGACAGAAGAUCACCUCGUGAGCCAGUACCACCUUCUGCACUCGUACUGGGAGAGGCAGGUGGUAAGCCACCUUUGAGACAAAUUGCCAAAGUAUGAGCAAGUUUACAACUCGAGGAGAGAAGAAUCUGAACCAUGUCAUCAAUUGCAUGGAGCACAUCUGACUGCUGUCCAUCUCCACAUCUGCUGAUCUGCUGGCAGGGAUGCCAACCUUUUCUCUCAUCUUCUCUCUUAUGUGCCAGUAUCCCUGCAGAUUUUACACUUAGCAAGUUCAUGAGCAAGGUCAGGCCUACUGGUGCUGUGUAGUAUGCAAAUCUCACCUAACCCCUGAAUUCUGAAUCAGAGUUUAACAACUUGAAGAAUUCCUGUUAGCAUUAAUCAUAAGGCAUGUUUAGUGGUGAUGAAUUCCCUCAGCACUGCCUUCAGUUCUGAAGAACAACUUUCCUAGGGAGAUAGAGGCUGGGGUGUUCUACAUUGCCUUUUUGGUGCUGUAACUCCAUUCUCUUCAAGACUAUUCAAUGGUUUCAGUUACCCACAGUCAGCUGCGGUGCAGAAGCAGAUGAUCCUCCUUCUGAGCUAUCAUCAGGAGGUCAGUAGUGGCCUAAUGCUACAACACGAUGUCUACAUCAUUCACUCCACCUCCUCUCAUCAUGUAGGCAUUUUAUCAUCUAACAUCAUCACAAGAAGGGGAAGGACAGAUCUCUGCCAUGUGGCUGUACCUGGCGGCCCUUGUGGGCCUGUGCUACCUCCUGCGCUGGUACCGGGAGAGGCAGGUGGUGAGCAACCUCCGAGACAAGUACGUCUUCAUCACAGGCUGUGACUCGGGCUUUGGGAAUCAGCUGGCCAGGCAGCUGGACCUGCGAGGCUUGAGGGUGCUGGCCGCGUGUCUGACGGAGAAGGGGGCCAAGCAGCUGAGGGACCAGACGUCAGACAGGCUGGAGACAGUGAUCCUGGAUGUGACCAAGACAGAGAGCAUUGCUGCAGCCACCCAGUGGGUGAAGGAGCGCACAGGGGACAGAGGUCUGUGGGGUUUGGUGAACAAUGCUGGCAUUGGUGUGCCAGCUGCACCGAAUGAAUGGCUGACCAAAGAUGAUUUCUUGAAAAUAUUGAACGUGAACUUGAUCGGCCUCAUCGAGGUGACCCUGAGCUUGCUUCCCCUGAUCAGAAAGACCAGGGGAAGAAUAGUCAAUGUUUCUAGCCCAGCUGGGAGACUAUCUGUGCUUGGUGGUGGCUACUGCAUUUCCAAGUUCGGUGUAGAAGCUUUUUCUGACAGCCUGAGAAGAGAGCUUUGUCCCUUUGGCGUUCGUGUUGCUAUCAUAGUACCCGGGAACUUUAAAACAUCCAUUUGCCCUGACAAUGUACAGGAUCUACUCAAGGGGCUCUGGAGCCAAGCGUCCCCAGAGGUGAAGAAGAGCUAUGGAGACAAGUACUUCGAAGGCUAUUGCCAGUAUUACAAUAAACUCACAUCUCUAGGACAGAAGGAUCUGAGCCUGGUCACCAACUGCAUGGAGCACGCCCUGACCGCCGUCCACCCUCGUAUCCGCUACUCUGCUUGCUGGGACGCCGUAUGCUUCACUCUCCCUCUGUCUUAUUUACCAACAUCUGUGGCGGACUUUAUUCUUAGUCUUUUUGCAAAUGCGGUCAGGCCCGCUGAUGCUGUGUAGUCUGCGAGUUCGGCCUACACAGCUGAUUUUAGAUGGGGGGCAACAAGUCAGGUUUCCUCCUGGGAGAAGAAAGAACCAGGGGAACACGCAGCUGUCUACUUCAGCUGGUUCUUAGAGGCCCUGUCAUAUUUUAGUUCACAAAUUCCCAGAUAACUUGUCCCAAAAACUACUUGGUGAGCACCUCCCAUGUUCUAGGUACGGUUCAGGGUGCUGAAGAUUCACGCAUGCCCAAAACAAAGAUUCCUGCCUCGUAGUACUCAGAUCCUGGCCAGAUCAUCCCAGUGCAGGAUGACUCUGCUGAGAGAAUUAUUAAAACUCAAAGGGUCUUGGGGGUCUCUUAACUGCUGUAAAAGAUGUGUGCAAGGUCAUAGCUCCUAACUUGAAAAUCAUACAUGAUUGGUGACAUUGUAUUUCAGAUAUAAAUUCUUUUCUUUCUUUAGCAGUUUUUUUUUGUACCUUGGCUUUCUGAAAAUUAAUCAUUAAAUUAUUUUCUCAAAUAAAGUAAUAAGUUAAAUAACUUAGUCCUUUUCUUCUAAACUCUUAAUACUGAGACUUAAGUACCCCUGCCCGGAUUCUCUGGCAGUGACAAUCUCCUGACUCUCCUGUGAAAGCCUUCCCACGUCCUUGCCUUGUUUUUGACCCCUGCUCUGCCACUGACCGACCUCACUCUCCUGCCCUCACCCACUCCUCUCAGUUCUGCCCCUCCCUCCCUAGGUUUGGGGGAGUAAGCUGGGUGUCAGGAGCUUUGGGAGUCAAAAGGGCUGAGGUCAGGCCCCAGCUCUGCUGCCUCCAACCGUGUAACUCUGGGCAAAGGAAUAACUC